AUGCGCCUCGUGCACCGCGCGCUCGGCUGCCUCUCCAUCUCGCUCGUCCUCCCGCUGCUGCCGCGCGGCGCGGCGCACGUCACGGAGGUCGCGGACGCGGCGGAGUACUCCUCCAAAACCGACUUGGACUACGAUUUCGGGGACUACCGGGGCGAGUGGUGCAUCGACGACCACGGCUUUGUCUACGCAAUCGGAGAGGUGUAUUACCCAAGCCCCGCGGCGUGUCCGUGCACGUGCACCGCGAACGGACCUGUGUGCGUCCAACCCAAGUGUCCCCGCAUCCACGCCCGGUGCACGCGGACGAGAUAUAAGGCGUGCUGUCCCGUGUGCGAGGCCAUGGCCAGGGUCUGCGUCUACGGGGGGAGAACGUACCGACCUCUCGAGGAGUUCAGGUUGUCGAGGUGCGAGCGAUGCCGCUGCGAGGCCAACAGAGAGGUGUACUGCAGCAUUUCAGACUGCCCCGCCCCGCACUGUGUCAACCCCACCUACGAGCCCAACCACUGCUGCCCCAUAUGUAGGACCGGUCCGAACUGCUUUGCAGGGAGCACGGUGAUACCAGCGGGGGAGCGCACGCUCAUCGACGAGGGGACAGUAUGCCACUGCACCUACCGGGACGGGACGUGGCACACUCACCCCCAGGCCACGUGCCAGAAGCUGCUGCAGCCGGGGCCCACCGCAGACGAGGGGUCCAGGAUGGGGAGAAGAGGGAGGCCGACGGUUCCCAGGCUGCAUGAGAUACCAUGAAGUGGCCGGUUACAUGAACUAAUACUCUGGUCGAUUAGGAUCAGCACAGAUGAGUCCUACUCAACAUCAAUCUGCUCACUGAAGUCAGAACAAUGAGGGUGUUCGUUGGAGCAGACACUGCCAUCGAUGCUCCCCUCAAACCUUUCGUUCCUGCACACUGCGUUCAGCUGAAGUUAUUGGACAUUAGACACGUUUUCAAGUUCAAUUAUGGAGAGAAAAUUCAACAUCCAUAUUGAUUGCCUCCUAAUUUAAGGCAAAACUUCAAACAUCCCUUAAAAAGUGUGCUGUGCAUGUCAUCAAUAAGUAGUUAUUGUUCAAGAAUGGUACAUGCUGGCAAAAAAGCUCAGAC